AUGGUGGAGCUCCACGGGCAAUUAGGGGGAACGGUCAACGUGUACACGAUGGACCACCGCGGAACCGGACGUAGUACGCUGUUCGACUGCGUUGCUGCACAAAUCACAACGACAGGUUCGACGCUGGGCCGUCAAACUGACACAUCUGAAGUUCCGACGUGUGCGAAGGAUAUUCGUAUGAAGUAUGGGGAUCUCGCCUCGUUUUCCACGACGAGCGCUGCUACAGAUAUUUCCACAUUUAUCGCCAGGUUUACGAACGGUGCGAGCUCCAUUAUUUAUGGGGUGAGCUACGGAACGGUGCUGGUUGAGCGUUUGAUGCACUUAAGCCCGCCAAGUGUGGUUGGAUACGUUCUAGAUGGCAUUGCUACCACUUCAGGAGCCUCGGGUAACGAAUUCCAGUACUUCUCCAUACACCACAUGCAAUACGCAUUUCAAGUCAACGAAUCUCUCUGA